UACCAACUGUGUAAACAAAACAACUAGACGACUUUACAAUACAAUGACAUACAGCAUAGGAUUCGGCAGCUGAAUGAAUGUCGUCUUUUGAUAACAUCUACACCACCACUUCUCACUCUUUUACUUACUUACUUCAAUUUCAACUCCACCGCUCCAUAACCUCUCUCUCUCUCUCAAUAAAUACUCCAUUACUUCAACUUUAACCUUUACCUCACUCUCUCUUCCAAAUGGCCGAAAAUAACAACUCAAACCCUACUCCUCCUCCACCCUCCUCACCACCUCUCACACCGUCGCAUCAACUAACCGAUUCAUCCACCCUAACUCCCCAUCCAGAACCACAACCGGAACUCCCCGUUACCGACCAAAAAGAACUCUCCGAUGCACCACCGCAACCAACCGAAUCAGAAACCGAUUCAAAAGGUAACCCGUCACAAGAUGUAGUAGCAGUUGAACCCUCACCAGAACCAGAACAACACCACCAACAACAGAAGAAAAUUCCAAUAAACUUAGUUUCAUUCAAAGAAGAAAGCAACAAACUAAGCGAUCUCUCCGAUUCGGAACGAACCUCCCUCGACCAACUCAAACAACUCCUAACCGAAUCAAUCAAACCAGAACAACAACAAGUUUCAAUCUACGGCGUUCCGUUACUCCAAGACGAACGAACCGAUGUAAUCCUCCUCAAAUUCCUCCGAGCACGCGACUUCAAAGUGAAAGACUCACACACAAUGAUCACCAACACGCUUCAAUGGAGGAAAGAUUUCAACAUAGACGCACUUCUGGACGAAGAUCUAGGGGAUGACUUAGACAAAGUUGUAUUCAUGCAUGGCUUUUCAAGAGAGGCACAUCCUGUUUGUUAUAAUGUCUAUGGCGAGUUUCAGAAUAAGGAACUUUAUGAUAAGACUUUUGGGAAUGAGGAAAGGAGGAACACGUUUUUGCGUUGGAGGAUUCAGUUUUUGGAGAAGAGUAUUAGGAAACUUGAUUUUUAUCCUGGUGGUGUUAACACUGUUUUUCAAGUUAAUGAUCUUAAAAAUUCUCCGGGUCCGGCUAAAAGAGAACUUAGACUUGCUACUAAACAGGCUUUGCAGUUGCUUCAGGAUAAUUAUCCCGAGUUUGUUGCUAAACAGGUUUUUAUCAAUGUGCCAUGGUGGUAUCUUGCAUUCUAUACCAUGAUCAAUCCGUUCUUGACUCAGAGGACCAAGAGUAAAUUUGUGUUUGCAGGCCCAUCGAAGUCUCCCGACACGCUUUUCAAGUAUAUUUCUCCUGAGCAAGUGCCAGUUCAAUAUGGUGGCCUGAGUGUUGAUUUUUGUGAUUGCAACCCGGAUUUCAGCAUCAAUGAUCCCACCACGGAAAUUCCUGUAAAGCCGACAACUAAGCAAACUGUGGAAAUUGCUAUAUAUGAGAAAUGCAUUAUUGUCUGGGAGUUACGCGUGGUGGGCUGGGAAGUUAGUUAUAGUGCUGAAUUCAAACCCGAUGCUGAGGAUAGAUAUGCAGUUAUUAUACAGAAGGCUACUAAGAUGGCCCCUAGCGACGAACCAGUAGUUUCCAACAGCUUUAAAGUCAGUGAACUAGGGAAAUUGUUCCUCACUGUCGACAAUCCUACCUUGAAAAAGAAGAGGCUUCUUUACAGGUUCAAGAUCAAACCCUACUCUGAUUGAGAGAAAGUCGCUCUAGUCUCUCGAGUCUUAUGAUUUUCGAUAUAUGAAGGAACUAGAGCUCGGUGAGUAAGAAGUAUGUGUGUCAUAAUUUGGUAUUCAUCUAUAGUUUUGGUCUUGAGUUGUUUGCAUAUGGUGUUGUCUGUUUUUUAUUGUAUUUAAUAUUUUAUUUAUUGCUAGAAAACAUUAUAUAGCUAGUCUAAAUUUGUUGAUUUUAAUUUUAUUUUAUUUUAUUUUCUGGUGUUGAACAAUGUCAAGGGGGAGAGUAGUAGCACAUGGAAUUGGAAAUGAUGUUGGUUUGA